CUAUGAGAUUUGCGGUAUCCAGCACUGUUUAUUCUCUCGUAAGACCCAAAAAGUCGAGUUCAUCCGACCAGCGAGCACUGCUAUCAAUUCGGGAAUGAGCCCAGUGAGAACUAGGUCACUUCUGCCUUGGUGCCUGAAUAUCUUUCAUCAUCGGUUCCUCUUUUGGAAAACUUCCACCCUCGAUUCUCGUGCUCCCAUCCCAUCCGUCGCUGUCGAGCAUUGCCAUCACACGCGGCUCGUUUCAAAAGUGCAUUGCUCACCAUCCCAUAUCUUGACAUAAUCAAAUCUUCACUUCAUAAUGGUCAAGCUCGAGGAGGUCGUCGACGAGGAACUCAUUCAGGGCCAAUCCGGCCCUAUCGGCGGAGAAGAUGAUUGGGACACAGAUACAGAUUCAGACGGCUCCGACGUCGAUUCCAUCGCCAGCGACGACGACAUCUCCUCAGAGACUCUGUACGAUCGUCUGAUCGCUCUUCAGGACAUGCUUCCUCCAACCCAACGGCGUUUCAUCUCCUCGACCGCUUCCACUACUACUUCAUGGGUGAAAUCAGGCCUCGCCUUUUCCGGCAAGGCGCUGUGGAUUGUCUCUACUUCGCUUUUGUUGCUAGGUGUGCCAUGGGCGCUUGCAUAUGCCGAGGAGCAGCAGAUGAUCGAGAUGGAGAAGGAGAUGCAGAUGCAGCAGCAGGCGAGCAAUCUGUUGACACAGCCAAGCAACCAGGAUGGAGGAAACGCAAGACCUGCCCUAUGAUGCUGAGGCCUAUGGGUUUUUUUGCAAAUGGAUGAGUACGGUAUCGGGGUUCGUUGGACGAUUUCAAAGCUAGCAUAAUGAUUCGUGCAUGGUAAAAGCCUGGAAGGCGUGGCGAACAUUGAAAUUCUGCAUCUGGUCCACAGUUGCCGUUGUACAAAUAGAUCUCUUCUCUCGACUUGUGUGCUUUUUAGAUCUGGAAAGAACAUAUUACGAAACGGAUGCCGGUGCUUGGCUGAGCAAUUUGUCCAGCUCGAGAAAGGCAUGUAGCAGAAGAGAUGUUCCCAUCCC